AUGCAUUCGUCUGCAUUUAAAUACCUGUUUACAACUGAAAAUAAAUUGUGUGAGCAAAUGGAUAAUGGAGACUGGGGAUACAUGGUAAGUGCAAUUAUUGCCUUGUUAAUCAUAAUGAUUUGUUAUUUUAAAAUAAAGCUUUUCUGUAUUUCAUUGGUCUCCUCCAGUCAUUGCGGUUUGUUUACAGGUUGCGUUUUAAACUUAAACCUGAUUUGAAUCACUUAUAGUUCCAAGAAACCAAGUCCAUAAAUGUGGUGAUUUAAUGCUGUUAGCUCUCCAAGGGAAUCUGCAACUUUUCAGAUACUCUGCCCAAUAGGAGGGUCAAUAUAGAACAGACUUGCAUGAUUAUACCCCACUAGAUCAUUCCAUUUGAUUGAUACUGGUAGUGAGUAUAAGAGAGGUGAGCUGCAGAUAUUGCAGGAUUUGAAACUCAGACCAGUUCCUCUAAGAAUACUUACUAAAUAAUAAUUAUAACAUUACUAUAAUGAUAUAAACAAUACCCAAAAAUGUGUUCAUUAAAUAAAAUUGUAAAUGUAUUGAGACAAAUAUACUUGAAAGGGGCACUCUAUAAACCAAAACCACUACCGGGUAGGAGCUGUAGUACAAAGGGUCUAUGGUUGCCACCCCACUUUUUUUGUCAAAUCAUUUGUGAGCAGUUUAACCCCUUAAAGGACCACUCUAGGCACCCAGACCACUUCAGCUUAAUGAAGUGGUCUGGGUGCCAGGUCCAGCUAGGGUUAACCCAUUUUUUCAUAAACAUAGCAGUUUCAGAAAAAACUGCUAUGUUUGUGAAUGGGUUAAGCCUUCCCCUAUUUCCUCUAGUGGCUGUCUCAUUGACAGCCACUAGAGGCGUUUGCGUGCUUCUCACUGUGAUUUUCACAGUGAGAGCACGCCAGCGUCCAUAGGAAAGCAUUAUGAAUGCUUUCCUAUGUGACUGGCUGAAUGCGCGCGCAGCUCUUGCCGCGCGUGCGCAUUCAGCCGCAUGGGAGGAGAAGAGGAGGAUCGGAGGAGGAGAGCUCCCCGCCCAGCGCUGGAAAAAGGUAAGUUUUAACCCCUUUCCAGAGCCGGGCGGGAGGGGGACACUGAGGGUGUUUUCCUGGCACUAUAGUGGUCCUUUAAGGACCAACUUCUGGAAUAAAAGGGAAUCAUGAAAUGUCACACAUGUCAUGUCUCCUUAAGGUGUUAAAGCAACCCCCUUCCCUCCCCCAAAAAAAAAUGUCUUAUGAAUGUUUCUGAAAGCAAAACUAUAUGUCUGCAUAUGGGCCCAUUCAGUCUGCAAAAUCCUAUUUAACAAUAGUUGGAUUUUGUAAUUCAGGCCCCAAAUAGGCCUGAAUUUGGUCCGGCUUCAAGCUGGAUCAAAUGUUGCUGGAAAUCCUAAUGAUUCAUAUAUGUUUGGAUAUUUUUAAAAUCCAUGCACUAAAUAGUUAAAGAACCACUAUAGUCACCCAGAUCACUUCAGCUCAGUGAAGUGGUCUGGGUGCCAGGUCCCUCAGGUUUUAACCCUUCACAUGUCAACAUAACAGUUUCAGAGGAUCACAGGAUCUCCCCUGCUGGCCCAUGCAGAGCCAGCGCUCUCCGAGCGCAGCCCUGCUUUGUGCCUUCCUAAGCCGGUUGGGAAAUCAUAGAUCUCCCUCACCGGCUCAUAGGCGCUGACAUGCGGCUGCCAGCUGGGGGAGGGAGAGGAGGAUCCGGGGGAGCUCUAGCCAGCAGCUUCCUCGUGAGGUCAGAGCGUUGCUUCGGUGACCAUGGCAAUGCUCAAAUCUUGCAAGGGUGAACUCUAGCCCUGCAGACUAGAGUUAAUUCACCACUAGGACCACCAGGGAUGGCAGCACGGCCCCCCCUCCCAGUCAAAAUGUAAGAAGGGAGGGGGGGAUAUAAAGUUGUUUAUACUUAAUAUAUUUAAAUUAAUCUGUGUCCCCCCCCCCCACACACACACAAUCCCUCCAAACAUAUUCACACACAGCACCAUCACACACACAGCACCCCUCACACACACACAUGCUGCACUCUUCACACAUACACACAUCACACCCAACACACUGUGCCCCUCACACAUACAAUACUUCCAAUUAUAUAUAUAUAUAUAUAUAUAUAUAUAUAUAUAUACUACAGCACCCCUGACAAACACACACUGCACCACUACACACAUUACAUUCCAGAUACACGCACACACACACACGAUCUCCUAUACACACUCUGGGUCCUUGACAACCUAGAUCCCCUACACACACACACUGCACCACCUACACAAACUACAUUCCUGACAUACAAACUCUGAAUCCCCUACACACACACUACAUUCCUUGUAAGCAAACACAUACUACAUUCUCUAAACAGACACUCUUUACAACCCCUACACACACUACAUCCCUUAUACACACACACACACACACUACAACCCGUAUGCACACACUCGAUACAUCCCCAAUACACACUACGCCCUCCUAUACACACACUCUCUACAGGCCCUAGCCACACAUAUUACACCACAAACACAUAAAUUGACCUAUUUACAAAAUACCACAACACAAUCAGCUCACUCUACACACACACGCAGGCUCCAAACCCAUGCACUAUACGCUUUCCUGGCCCUUUUGUCCUCUGGUAUCCCACUUAUGGAGACACCAGAGACAAGUUAAACGUAAACACAGCGCAAGCAUGUUAUUUAAUUUGCUUGCGCUGUGCAGAACAAAUAGGGCCCUUUUCUCAUGCUAGAGCUCUUCAGCAGAGCUCUGCGCAUUGAACCAACAUGCUCACUUUGAGAGGGAGCGUGCUUGUCAUUAGUGAUGACAAAAUACACCCUCUCUGGUUCAACCCCCUUCUCAGGGGGCCGCUGUGAUUGAAAAAUGCCUGAGCCAGUCACAAUCCGAUCUUAUCCUGUGUUAACUGAAUAACCAUGUAAAUCUUUAUGACAUUUUCAGACUGAUUGUGUUGAAAUUUCACUGAUAUUCCAACGCAGUCAGUAGACAUUCUAAAAGGGGCUACUUUUUCUUAUGCAUUUUUCCUGCACUUGACAAAAGGCAGAAGUUAAGCCAUUAAGUUUUGGCAAUUCCCCCAGCUUUCACUAGUUAUGGUUGUGAGGAAAAAGGCCUUGUCUACGGUGGACUCAGUGAUCUUGCAGGAUCCUCCAUAGACCUUAGUUUUGUACACUUGCGCAUGUGCAAGAAAACAGCACUGAAAGGACAGCUUCAGGUAAGUAAAACGUACCUUCUACUUCACCACUGUGCCACUGCACACCAAGUACUAUGUCAUCCUCAGGGGUCUUUGUGAACUAUGCAAAAAACACAGGAGGUGACACAUCCACUUUAACUAACAAACACACAAACAAACAGUGCUCUCCCCGGCAUCCAAAUACUCUAGGCUGCAUUGUUAAACCUGACCACCAGUAAUAAAAUAGUAAUGCUGAGGUGUAAUUCACUAAUGUCAGCAAGGAGAGGUUAUUUAAAUUACUCUGAAACGGGUUGAAAAAGAAGAGAGGAAAAGUUGCACCCAGAGACUCUUUCGUCUAAAAGCACUAUUUUGAGCUAAGGAAACUAUGGUAUGUAGAGUGCCCCUUUAAUUAUUAGAAGUACACACAAGCUUAUAAUAUUACACAGAUUUUUGGAAUAUUUGAUAAACUGGUCUUUAUUUUAUUUAUUUUUUUCUUAUCCUAGUUUUGCUGUUCUGCUGAACCUUUUAGCAUUUUUUUUGUGAAGUUUAAUAUUUUAUACUGUUCUUGGGUUUUAGAUGACUGAUCCAGUCACACUAAAUGUUGGAGGUCAUGUCUAUACCACAUCUGUGUCCACAUUGACUCGCUAUCCAGAUUCAAUGUUGGGAGCUAUGUUUAGGGGAGAUUUCCCCACUGCCAGGGACUCACAAGGCAACUACUUCAUUGAUCGUGAUGGAGCACUGUUCCGGUACGUGUUAAAUUUCCUACGAUCAUCGGAACUGACAUUACCAGUGGACUUUAAGGAAUGUGACUUGCUUCGGAAAGAAGCAGAUUUCUAUCAGAUUGAGCCCCUAAUACAAUGUCUCAAUGACCCCAAACCCCUCUAUCCUACAGACACAUAUGAAGAAGUAGUGGAAUUGUCAAGCACCAGAAAGCUCUCAAAAUAUUCUAACCCCGUUGCUGUCAUAAUAACUCAACUUACCAUUACAACCAAGGUGCACGCCUUACUGGAAGGUAUUGCCAAUAACUUUACCAAGUGGAACAAACACAUGAUGGACACAAGAGAUUGUCAAGUCUCUUUCACAUUUGGGCCAUGUGAUUACCACCAGGAGGUCUCUCUCAGAGUCCAUCUAAUGGAGUACAUCUCUAAGCAAGGCUUUACAAUUCGCAAUACUAGGGUCCAUCACAUGAGCGAACGAGCAAACGAGAACACUGUAGAACAUAACUGGACAUUUUGUCGAUUGGGUCGAAAAACCGACGACUGA